GGAUAGUGACCAUUAAAGAACAGGUGUACCUAACAAAGUGACCAGUGAGUGUUCGUGUCUCAUAGGCGCAGUAAAUCAGUCUCAUGCUUAUAUGUGAAAAUAAUGCUUGACCCAAAUUUGCCACAAAAUGAUUCAACCAAACAAAGAAGGAACAAAAUUUGGCAGUGAAAUAAGUUCCUAAAGUUACACAUAAAAAAAACUGGAGACGAGGUCACAGCAAACGGCGACAAAGACACAAAGGCGUGGAAAAUAAUCUGAGCUCAAAGUGAUCGCGAAGAGAGGAAGACGAGGAGUGUGAGAAAGAAUCGAGACGACAGACGCUGCACGAUAAAAGUCAGGGAAGAAGAAGAAGAAGAAGAGACUCGUCACCGCAGCUUCUGAUUCUGAUAUCGCCAUGAUGACCAUGACAACCAUGACGUUUGCUCAUGUCGGCCUCGCUCUCUGCGUCCUUGUGACCCUGGCGCAAGCUGCCCCGCCCAACGCCACCUCCCCCUCCCCCAUUGGGAGACACGUUCCCAACUGCGAACUCCAGAAACAGCGCUGCUACCAGUUGAUCGGGAGUUACUGCCCUUCGUGCGACAUGAACGGAAACUUUGACGCGAUGCAGUGCUCAGGUUCCACGGGCAGGUGCUGGUGCGUCGACGUCAUCACCGGAGUGAUGAUUCCGGACACGCAGACGGAGCUAGGACCGCCCCAUUUUGACUGCAGCAACAUGUACUUCUGUCCCGACGGCUGGACCCUCUUCAAAAAAAGGUGUUUCAUCUUCAUCAGCACCCCGAAGAAGUGGAGCGAGGCUGAGGUCUACUGUCAGUUCGACGGCGGGAACCUGGCGUCGAUCCACAGUUAUGAGGAAAACCACUUUGUGAUGGCGUUGACCAGAGGAGACGGACACGAGUUUCCUGAAACGUGGAUCGGAGGCUUUGACGCCGUAGUUACUGGUUUGUGGAUGUGGAGUGACGGCUCCAAGUUCUACUAUGAAAACUGGCAGGACUACACCAGUCCAAGCUCCUCUCAGGACUGCCUUAGGAUGAAUUAUGGAAUUGAACUCAAGUGGUACCAAGAUUCCUGCAGCGAUCUGCACCCGUUUGUUUGUGCCAAGAUCAUCUGAACUUGGACACGCGACGACCGGAAAAAAACUGCGGCAGCUCCUCCCGCUGUACUUCCUUCUUCUUUGUCGUUACAGAACAGUUGUGUUCAAAAUAAUAGCAGUGUGUUUAAAAAACGUGAGUAAAGCACAAACUCCUUAUAUUCUCCAUAUAUCAAAACAAUCAAAAACUGCUUUACAGAAAAUGAAGAACUGUUUACUGCAUAAACUGGAACAUCUUCAGGAUUCAGCACUGAACUUACGUUCCGUUGAAUGACCACUGUUUCCCAUCUGUGGAGGUUCCAGCCCACGAUGAUUUGACAGCAUUCCACAAUUCAUCUGCAUUUUCUUGCUUUUUGCCUCACAAAUAGCAUUUUUUGACAUCACCUCGCAGGUUUUUUAUUGGACUGAGGUCUGGGGAAUUGUGCUGGCCACUCCAUAACUUUAGUUUUGUUGGUCUGGAACUGGUUGUAACCUCUUCAGCACACGUCUUUUUGUUAACAGAGGGACUGAGUGGGGGGGCGUCGUCUAAUCGCCGCAGUCCUCACAGGUAACUUCAGCGCGUCUUUGAUGGGCCUGGAGCUGAGAAAUGCGUGUUGUACUUAACGAAGAGGCACCUGAUUGACCUCACUCAUCAGUGAUUGAUCUGGUUACACGUUAUUAUUUUGAACACAACUGUAUGACCAGCGUCUCUAGGUUAGAGUUAUUUUUUUGUCAUAAAUGCAUCACUAUGACAGUCAUAUGGUGAAAGUUUGAGUCAUAAAAAUGUUCUUCCAUGCAUAAAAAAACCCCAAUAAAAAUUCUACUGACUGUAACAUGUUUUGGUUUGUCCAAAAAACACCACAGGGCUUGGAUUAAAUCCAUGC